GGUAACUGUGUGAAAACAUGUGAGCAUGGGACAGGCCUAACCCGGAAACACUCACUCUGCAUGACCCCCUGGACCCUGGCUGGGACUGGGCUCACUGAUCAAUAGGUGCUACAGACAGGCAGCACUGUGCCAUCAUCAGCUGCCAUGGAACACUACGAUAUCCUGAAAGUCAUUGGAGAGGGCUCUUUUGGGAGGGCGCUUUUAGUUUGUCGUCAGAAUAGCAAUCAAAAAUAUGUGAUGAAAGAGAUACGACUACCGAAGCCAUUGGAUGCCAUUAAAGAUUCCAGGCAAGAAGCUGUUCUAUUGGCUAGAAUGAAACAUCCAAAUAUAGUUGCAUUCUUAGAGUCGUUUGAAGUGAAUGAACAUCUGUACAUAGUGAUGGAAUAUUGCGACGGCGGGGACUUGAUGGAGACCAUUAAACAUCAGAGAGGAAAACUGCUUCCUGAGCAGAGAGUCCUCGAGUGGUUUGUACAAAUGUGCUUGGCAGUGCAGUAUAUUCAUGAAAAGCGCGUGUUGCACAGGGACAUUAAGUCAAAGAAUAUUUUUCUGACGCAAAAAGGUCAAAUAAAACUUGGAGACUUUGGAUCUGCUCGGCUGCUAACCAGUCCACUGGCAUAUGCAUGUUCAUAUGUUGGCACCCCUUAUUAUGUACCUCCUGAAAUCUGGGAGAAUAUGCCAUAUAAUAACAAAAGUGAUGUCUGGUCAUUGGGAUGUGUCCUAUAUGAGAUCUGCACUCUCAAACACCCAUUUCAGGCAUCCAGCUGGAAAAAUCUAAUCCUUAAAAUCUGCCAAGGGUCGUACAGCCCGCUGCCGGCUCAGUUUUCCUACGAACUGCGCAGUCUGAUCAAACAGAUAUUUCGGAAAGAUCCUCAGCAACGACCUUCAGUGAAGACGAUUCUUACCAGAAGAUCGUUAUUAAAACUAAUCACAGCAUGUAAAUCCACAGAGCCUACAGAAAACACCUCAGUACUGCAGCAAGCUAGUGAAAAGCCACUUUCUCAAGAAAAUCCUUCUAAUCUUGAAGAUGCAAUAGAUCCCACGUCUAUAGAAGAGAGGAGGCGGCAGUGGGAAAAGGAGCCGUCAAACACUGUUCUAGCCAUGCUGGAAAAGGCUUCGAUUCUCACCUCCAGUGUAACAUCUAGAAGCAGUGAAGGGGGUCACAUUUUUAAAUACAAUCAGAAUGAGAAAAGGAAACAAUGGAAAAAGGAAUCUCCUGAGAAAUUGCUUAAUAUGCUGAAAAAUGCUGAUCUCAGCCUGGCGUUUAAAACAUACACCAUAUACAAAGCAAAAUCCUCUGAACACCACCUUAAAGGGCCACUGUCCAAUAAUGUCACAGCCUCAGAUGCUACAGAUGGCAGCGAAGAAGAGGUUUUUGUUGAUCCAGAGAGAUUUGAAUCCAGAUCUGAUGAUGAUGACACAGACUUUGAGGAAGAUGAUGUUGAUCCUAACUGGGUGUCAGAGCUGGAAAAUGUGUUUCAAGAAAAAUCAGAACUCCAAUGUAAUGAUUUUUGAAGACCCCAAAUAUCUCAAAACUUCUACAUUGUAUUGGGACCCAAAAAAAUCAAAUACGCUCUAAUACUUUACAGGGCUAACUCAAAUACUUCUACAUUGUAUUGACACUGUGAAUAUUACAAUAUUGUGAUGGUGUGCAGGAAACACGUAUAUUUCAACACUACACUGAUGUACAGGGACCUAAAUAAUCCCACCAAAACAAUGAUGUAAAUGGACCUAAAAUAUCUCAAAACUCUAAUAUGGUACAGGGACCCAAAAUACCAGACCUUUAAUGUUAAGGGAACUAAAAGAUAGCAGCACUACAAUGAUGUACAGGGACAUAAAAUAUCUGAAAACUCUAAUGGUGUACAGGGAUUUAAAAUAAUUUCAAAACUCUAAUAAUGUACAGGUGCCUAAAAUAUCCCACCAAUACAAUGAUGUAUAAGGAUCUUAAAUACCAGCCAAUUCAUACACAGGGCCAGACAUCAACACUACAAUUAUGUACAGAGGUCAAGACUAUGCCAACACCCUGGUGUACAGGGACUUUAAAUGUCCCAACACUAUAUAGAUGUAUAUCAGCCUAGACAGUUGACUAAUGUACAUGGGUUUAAAAUAUGCCAGCUAUUUGAUCUAUAGAAACCUAGCAUAUUCCAACACUACAAAGAUCCCAGAACAUUAAUCUAUAGGGACUUGAAAUGUCCCAGUGUUUGUAUGAUGUUCAGUGAUCCUUCAAAAAGAUGAGAAUAUCCCUAUAACCCCAAAAUGAAUCAGUAACCAUAAUAUUACUGCACUGUAAUAAUGUACAGAGAAACAAGGGGACAAUUCAUGCUUUAGUGAAUAAACUUGAGAACAUUCCAAUAUUGUAUAGGGAACCAGGAUAUCUCAAUCUUCCAGUGAUGUAAAGGGACUGGGGAUGUCUAAAUACACUCCGCUGAUGUUUUUGGAUCCAGAAUAAACCAGCAUUCCACUUUUUAUGGACCUAGGUCACCGUUGGCCAGUAGUUAAUCUGCGUUACCCAUGAUUCUUUGCUGGGCUUAAUAUUUUAAGGCAGAGGAAAUAAAAAAAUAUGGUGCUAUCUUUAAAGCAAGAGAU